AUGAUAACAAUACUGACAAUAUUAGGAAACGGUCUAGUAUUAAUUAGUGUGAAAGUUCGAUUACAUACACGUAGUUAUAGUGAUUAUUUUAUUGUCAGUCUAUGUUUAGCUGACUUUUUUGUGGGCAUUAUGGUCAUGCCACUGAUGACCGUAUAUUCACUCCAUAUAGAUUGGCCGUUUGACUAUCGUAUUUGUCAUAUAUGGAUGUCUGCUGACUUUACAUGUUCGACAGCAAGCUUUUUAACAUUAGCAUCAAUGGCUUUGGAUAGAUACUGGGCAUUGGGACGACCAUAUAAUCACUUACGUAAUCGUUCACGAUCAACCGUUUUGAUAUUUAUAUUUUUAUCAUGGCUUGUACCACUUAGCGUCUGGCCACUUUCAAUAUUUCUUAGUCAACGAAUAACCCACAAAAAAGAGUGUGAUCAUCCAGCACACCCAGGCUUCAUCGUAAUAUUGUCCACAUUUUUCUAUUAUAUACCACUUGCAUUCAUGUUGAUUUGUUACAGCAGAAUUAUUGUCAAUAUUAAAUGUAUCGAAAUCUUGAUUAAAGGUGAAUGGGGUACAGUCAAAUUUAAUCCUGAUGGUAGUACAUCAACUGGCACCACAACAUCAAAUGAGGCAAAACAACAACACGGCCGCAGUAUAAUGGAAACAUGGAAUAUAAGCACAAUGGGAAAAAAUACGAACGAUAAUUCAGUAUCACCACCAGAUUCCUCUAUUCGUACAUUAUUAGCAUAUUUUACCCGACCACGCUGCAGACAACAGCAGGUAUCUAAUACACAACAUCAUCCACAUAUUAAUAAUAAGAAUAAUAAUGGUAAUAAUUCGGAACAAACACCAUGUAUUAUUCAUGGUUUUACCUCGUAUCGAUAUCAUAUACCAGUGAGCAACGGACAUAAACUGACGGAUGACGAUAAAACACGAAUGUUGAAUGCCAGACAUACUACAACACCCGGACAAAUUCCAUUAUCUCCAAAUCACACAAAUGUUCAAAUAACACCAACAACGUCGUUAACACUGAUAAAAGCGAUUCAUAAUGAGACUAAUACGCUACGGCAAAGCAGUAAUUUAAUAGUAUCAACAUCAGCAAUGGUAGUUAAACAACGUCGACGGGGUCGAAGUUCAUCAUCACAUGGUGCCAGUACGCAAGCAAAAUUUACGGGUAAUAAACGAUCACCAUGUCAAUCCAUCAUUAGCGAAUCAAAAGAAGAUGAUGAUCGUGAUAAUGAUAUAUUAUCGAUUAAUGGAAGUAGUCACUCGAAUUUACACCGUUCGAGAUUGAGUAGUAGAACUGCCAGUUUGCCAUUAGCUGAUUGUUUGUGCUAUUUUCAACAACAGCUUCCGCCGCCGCCACCACGUUCUUACCGACAUAUGACUGUAACAGCUGUUAGUGAUCAUGAAUACGCCGGAUCUACCCCUUCACGUUCGGAACGUUCCCACUCACAUUCUCAUUCGUCUGAAUAUAGUGAACAUUCAAGUUCGUUUGACGAUGAAGAGCAUCGACGUUUAAGACGAAAUUGUGUUGUUCAAAACACAUCAUCGAGACCGUCGACAUCAUUUAAUUCAAGUCGGUAUAGUUCAAGAGCAAUAGCAAAUUUUAUGCGCGAAAGACAAAAGGCACGUCUUAGACGCAAUCAAAAAGCAAGUAGAAUGUUAGGUACACUUUUGACCGUAUUCCUGUCCGCAGCUGAAUUCGAGGAAGAAGACAGCGAUGAACUCAUUGAAGAUUGGGAGGACAAACGAUUUAUAACUGUUGGCAUUUGUGCUAUGUCCAAAAAAGUCAAGGCAAAACCUAUGGAAGAAAUACUAAAUCGAAUAGAAACGUUUCAAUUUAUUAAAAUCAGCAUAUUUCCAGGAUUUCCAUUGGCAAAAGCCCAAGAGUACUGUAAGCUACAUCGGCCCUUUUUAAUCAAUGAUCUGGAUAAGCAGUGGGAUAUUAUGGACCGAGUACAAGUACAUGAAAUAUUGAAAGAUGCUGGUAUUCCACAGCCACGCUAUGGUUUUAUCCAGCGACCACUUACUGAGCUUAAUGCAAGUGAGCAAGAUGAUCAAAUUGAAAUAAAUGGAGAAGUAUUUCAUAAACCAUUUGUGGAAAAGCCUGUCAGCGCUGAAAAUCACGAAGUCUAUAUUUAUUUCCCAUCGUCAGCCGGUGGAGGAAGUCAAAGAUUGUUUCGAAAGAUUGGUAGCCGUAGUAGUGUUUAUACGGUAGAAAAUACUAUUCGAACUGAUGGAUCGUAUGUUUACGAAGAAUUUAUGCCCACAGAUGGCACAGACGUCAAAGUGUAUACUGUAGGACCAGAAUACGCUCAUGCUGAAGCUAGAAAAUCACCGGCACUCGAUGGAAAAGUUGAACGAGACGAAUUUGGAAAAGAAGUACGAUACCCUGUAAUACUUCGUGCUGAUGAAAAGUUAAUAGCUAUGAAAAUAUGUUUAGCAUUUAACCAAACUGUAUGUGGUUUUGAUUUAUUACGUGCGAAUGGAAAAUCGUAUGUAUGUGAUGUGAACGGAUUUAGUUUUGUGAAGAAUGCAGUUAAGUACUAUGAUGAUUGUGCUUCGAUAUUGGGACAUAUGAUUAUGCGUGAAUUUGCACCAACAUUAUCUAUUCCGUAUGCAUUAGCAUUCCAGCCUGAAGAUGCUCCAUUUGUUCCAACUGUUUCUGGAACUAGAAUGGAGCUUCGAUGUGUUAUUGCUGUAAUACGACAUGGAGAUAGAACUCCCAAACAGAAAAUGAAAAUGGCUGUUUUACAUCCAUUAUUUUUUCAACUUUUUGAAAAAUAUGAUGGACAUAAAAGUGGUCAGUUGAAAUUAAAACGUCCUGGACAAUUACAAGAAGUACUUGAUAUUGCACGAACAUUAUUGAAAGAGUUAGAUGAAAAAAAUAUUGAAAGAUUUCCAAAUUCAUCCGAAACAAAACCAAAAUUAUUACAAUUAAAAAUGGUUUUAGAAAUGUAUGGACGCUUUUCUGGUAUCAAUCGAAAAAUUCAAUUUAAAUAUCAAUCAAACACAACUGGAAUUUCUUCGAAAAAGUCAAGCAGCGAAGAUGAACUGCACGAUUUACCGCCACAACCGUCUCUCUUGUUGAUUGUCAAAUGGGGUGGACAACUUACAGCGGCUGGAAAAAAUCAGGCAGAAAAGUUAGGCGAAGCCUUUAGAAAAAUGUAUCCAGGAGGUCAAGGUGUGAUUGGAGAUCGUCCAGAUGUUGGGUUACUACGUUUACACAGUACAUUUCGUCAUGAUUUAAAAAUCUAUGCUUCUGACGAAGGCAGAGUACAAAUGACAGCGGCAGCGUUCACAAAAGGAUUGCUUGCUUUAGAUGGUGAAUUACCGCCUAUAUUAGUUCAAAUGGUAAAAAGUGCAAACACAAAUGGUUUACUGGAUAAUGACGCCGAUUCAACGAAAGAACAGAUACGAGUAAAAGAAACGUUACAUGAAUUGUUGUCAAAAGAUCAAGAUUUUACUGAAGAAGACUACGAGAAAAUUGCACCAUCUCGAUCUCCCUCACUGGUAACAUCAAUGAAUUUUAUCAAAAAUCCCGUGAAAACAUGUAGAAAAGUUUAUGAGUAUAUACAUGAAAUGACAAUAUUGAUACGUUCAAAACUGCUCAGCGGUAGUUCAGACCUUUUAUAUCAUUCGGAAACAUGGCAACUAAUGUUAAGAAGAUGGUGUAAAUUAGAAAAAGAUUUUUAUAAUAGUCAUAAAGAUCGUUUCAACAUUAACAAAAUUCCUGAUAUUUAUGAUUGUAUUAAAUAUGAUUUGCUACACAAUAUAAAUGUCUUACAAUUUGUUCACGCCGAGGAUCUAUACGUUUAUGUCAAAGCAUUGGCCGAUAUUGUUGUACCACAAGAAUAUGGAAUAACAAUUGAAGAAAAAUUGAACAUUGCUCGUGGCAUAGUUACUCCACUGUUACGGAAAAUUAGAACCGAUUUACAGCGUAAUCUAACAGGUUUUUGGGAAGAAGAAGAACACAUUUUCAAAUUAGAUGGAAGUAAUUCUAAAGGAAUUCAGACACCUGGUCGACAUGUUCGUACAAGAUUAUAUUUUACAAGCGAAAGUCAUGUUCAUUCUCUUUUGACUAUGAUACGUUAUGGAGGUUUAAUCGAUGCAUGCAGCGAUGAGCAAUGGAAACAUUCAAUGAACUAUUUAGAUACAGUAUCUGAGCUAAACUAUUUAACUCAAAUAGUUAUGAUGUUAUACGAGGAUCCUAACGAAGAGAAUACUAGUGAACGUCGGUUUCAUGUUGAGCUGCAUUUCUCGCCAGGUGCAUAUGUAUGUUUUAAUUCACCAGUUGAUGCUGAUAUGCCGUAUUCAAAUGUAAGUGGUUGUUACGAUACAGUGGUGCCGCGUGGCACCGUUUUGCCAAAAAGUACCCGUCAAGCAGCCCAUUCACCUCCGCGAUCACAAGACACAAACACUAGUGUUGAACAAUCUCAGCAAUCUACAAUUAAUGCAUCAACGCCAUGUGAUAUUUCAAGAUCCAUAUCGCCUUCAUCAGUAUUAAAAACAAGUCUAUCGCCGACAAAAAUAAGUCCUCAAAUGAUAAAAGAACGUUCAUUAUCGUCUAAAAAUUUAUAUCGAAGUCAUACAGUGACUACGAACAUGUUGACAGGCAAACUCAAGUCAAAGACUAAUCCAGUUCACAUUGAUAAAAGUUUAAGCUCAACAAAACGUAUGUCAUUCUCAUUAUUAGUUUCUAAAAAUAUUGAUAAUAUGAUUAAACCAAGAAGUCUUGAGGAUAAUGCUCCGGACGAUUCAAAUUUACAGCAAGCAACAUUACCUUACAGUCAUUAUAAUACCAUUCAUGGCUCUUCACCUGAAGAUCGUUAUCAACAUUAUGUACCAUUGACAAGUUUAUUCAGUACAAGAGUAAUUUGUGGAGCGAAAAGUACGCCUGAUUUAAACAAAUUAUUGGAACGAAAACAACAAGCUGGAAUCGUUUAUUCGGAUGUACAAUAUAUCAAACCACUUGAAACAUUGAAUACAAAUUUAAAUUAUAAAAUAUUAGACGAAUUUAUUGGAAAAAUAACUGAUCCGAGCGUGCGUCCUCUAACACAAGCAUUAAUUAAAACAGAUAAUUAUGAAUAUCAAAAUAAUUCAAAACGUUUUACAGUAGAAAAUGUUGAGCGUAAUCUAAUAAGACGUGAUAAAGAUGGUGAGCAAUCACGAGCUCAAUAUCGUUUUCCAAAAUUAGUCCAAUUUUCAAUUAGCACAAUAAAAGAAUCACCACAUGAACCAAAUGAAUAA